GAAUUAUGUGUUGGAGAAACUUCCUACACUGAGAGAGCUGAGCAAUAAACCACAGCAGCAAAUGUGAAAUUAUACAGUAACUAACUUCAGCCUUGUGGUUUUGUUGAAGCCAACAUUAGAUAUUAAAAAAUGAGGAUACAGAGAAUCAGGGCGGUUGGCACAAGCUAAAAAAACGUUGCAUUAAUGAACUUUUACCGGAUGAUCAUGAGACUUAAGUGGUUGAUCAACUGUUUGCAUGACUUGAUUAAAAGUGAAACCAAAAUCAAACCACCGGUGUCUCUGUUUAUUUAAAGGAAGGCGUCUCUUCUGGGAGGGUUUGGAAGGUGAGGGAACGAUAGAAAAGAGUCGGCGUCUCCACCGGAGCGCACGUUUCUCCUACAGCAGAUAAGCUCCUCUUCAGAAACCUUAAGAUGGGGCCUCAUGUGCUGCUGUGGGUCUUAUUUCCUUUGCUGCUGCUCAGCGAGUGCAGAACCGUCGCUGCGAUCAGCGUUAAGGAAGACCUGGCCAAAUGCCUGAACGACACCGACUACAAUGACCUGAUGAACACGAUGACGCACGGCCUCCCCGCCAUCCAAACGCCUCAUCAUGUUGUCAUAGUCGGAGCCGGCAUGGCUGGACUGACGGCCGCCAAGCUGCUGGAGAAAGCAGGACAUCAGGUGACCAUAGUGGAGGCCAGUGGUCGGGUCGGAGGUCGUGUGCAAACCCACAGGAAUGAAAACGAAGGCUGGUACGCCGAUCUGGGCGCCAUGAGGAUCCCCAGUUAUCACUACAUCGUCCGAUCAUUAAUCCAAGAAUUUGGUUUGAAGAUGAAUAAAUUUCGCAUGGUCGACAUGAACACCUUCUACUACGUUCACGGCCUGCGGAGCAAAACAUACUCUGUGAUGCAAGACCCCGACGUUCUGAAGUACAACCUGCCAAAACGAGAACGCCACAUAGCGCCGCUAAAGCUGCUGGAGAUGGCUCUGCGAAAGGUCAAAGAAGAGGUCAAGGCUCACGGCUGCAAAGCUAUGCUCAAGAAAUACGACCAUUAUUCUGUUAAGGAAUAUUUGCUAACUGAAGGCGGUCUGAGCGCAGAGGCAGUGAGGAUGAUCGGGGAUUUGCUAAAUGAGAACAGCCUCAUGCAUCUGGCUCUGACUGAGAUGAUCUACAUCGAGAACGACGUCAGCGACGCCACAACGUACGAUGAAAUAACUGGAGGGACGGAUCUUCUGGCUAAAGCCUUCCUGACUGUCCUGGACGCUCCCAUCCUUCUGGACUCCCGGGUGAGGCGGAUCCAGCGGUCACAUAAGGGUGUGACUGUGUGGUACCAGAGGGAAAACGAUCCGUCUUUAGAAAGUCUCCAGGCCGACGCUGUGCUGGUAACCACGACGGCCAAAGCUGCCCUCUUCAUAGAGUUCGAUCCGCCUCUCUCCACCAGAAAGAUGGAGGCAAUGCGCGCCGUUCACUAUGAAAGCUCUACCAAAAUCAUCCUCACUUUUAAGGAGAAGUUCUGGACAAAGGACGGCAUCAUAGGAGGGAAGAGCAUCACAGACAGACCCAUUCGCUACACCUACUACCCCAGCCACAGUUUUCCAGGAAACGACAGAAUCGGCGUCCUCCUGGCCUCCUACACCUGGGGCGACGACUCGCACCUCUUCCAGGGAGCCAGUGACGAGGAGCUGAAGGAGCUGGCCCUCAGGGACCUGAUGCACAUCCAUGGCAAGAACAUCCGCAAUCUCUGCACCGGUGUGAUCGUGAAGAAGUGGGAGCUGGAUCCGUACAGCCUGGGUGCGUUCGCUCUGUUCACUCCGUACCAACACAUCGAGUAUUCUGCAGAGCUCUUCAGGCAUGAAGGACACAUUCACUUUGCAGGAGAACACAUGGCUUUUCCUCACGCUUGGAUUGAAACGUCCAUGAAAUCUGCGAUCAGGGCAGCUCAGAAUAUUAAUAACGCUGUGCACAAAGAUUCCUGCAAAACUGAGCUGUGAGACACCAAGUCUGAGAGACAAAGUGAUGCUGGGUCAACCUCUCACCUCCUUCACAUUUAACAAAAUGAUGUCAAAUGUGUGCAGGUAAUACGUUUGCAACACAGUUGAUUUACACAAAAUGUGUUUAACUUUGUAAAUGUGGGGGACUGGUUGAGCUUGGAUGACCUCUGGAAACAUUUUUUAAUCUUUAAAAUGAUAAACUUCUUUUUUUUCUUUUUUUGCUGCACAAACAUUUGACACCAAUUUUGUUUAAUUUGAAGAAAUCACAAUUUCAUACGAUAUAUUUGGCCAGUUUGAUAGUCAUCCACCUCAUUUUAUUCCCUUUAUACAGUUUGACUUUGGUUCAGUUCAUUUUAAAGUCCCAGUUCACAACAAAUAUUUUAGAUUAAUUUAACAGAAUCAGAUCCGAUUCAUCUGCAUAAAUAUAUGAUCACAUAAAGCCAGUUGUAUAGAUAUAAAGUUGGUCAAAAUGUCUUCUAGUAACAGAAGUUCAGUCCAGAUAUCUUCAUAAACAAAACACAAAAUGUUGGAGACAUUUUCUUAAAUCUGUUGUAAGAGUUUGAGGAAAAUAUUGGCUAAUUAAAACCAAUAAGUUUCACUAUUUGUCUCUAAUAUCCCUGUUGUCUCAUAUUGUGCAGCCUCAGUUACAAUCCAUAAAUCAGACUGUAUGCAAAGGGAAACGUGACUGUGAUCCGACUCUUACAUGUAUCUGGAUUUUAUAGUUUUUCAGGCUGCAGUGAAAAAGUUUUAUUUGACUCUGAUGAAUGUAAUGUUACACAACAAAAAUACUUUUGUUCACAAUUACAUCCAAAACUGAAGUAAAACUCAAAGGUUUGUGCAUGUUAAUAUGAGGAAAUAUUGUUAAAUAUUUGUUUUACAUGGAAUGCCUGAAAUAUUUUAAACUAUAUAUUAUAGACUUUUAAACAGGAUUACAAGAUCAGCCAGUAGAUAUCAUAAAUACUCUUCUGCAAGUUUGUUUUUGUUCUUUUUAGUGACUACUAGCUGGUCAUGUUAACCAGUCUGUAUUUAUUAAACAUAACUGAUAAUGGGAAAUGUAUUUUAUAUAUUUUAAACGGGGAAA